GUUGUGGCUCUUUCUCCAUCUUUCUCCAUCUUCGGUAUCGAGUCCUUUGAUGAGGUGCUGAAGCCACUCUGGCUCGGUAUUCGUCUGCACCGCUGCAAUGGUCUUGUUGCCUUCUUGAAGGUCAUGGGCUUCAUUAUUCGCCUCAUGGACCCCGAGCAC